UAAACUGCAAGAGGGCACGGACGCCACGUUGCGCCGUUCUUCUGGAAGGGAGAUCGACAAGUGGAAUCGGGCAAAAUCGACAAUUCGAUGAUUCGACCGAAGCCGUGAAACAUUUUUCUGCUUGGCCGCACAUUUUGUCGUUUGAACGAGGAAGGUUUACCGAUGGGACAGAAAAUCAAAAGCCGGUCCCGAGAAAGAUUGGAAGAUAUUCAGUCGUUGAUCUGGCCUGGCGGGUCAGGUGCACUGAACCGAUGCGGAUGAGACGGCAUCGAUCGAAAAUGGGAAGGAUUUGUCAAAGUUGCAGAGGAAAUUUGAAUUUGUAAGCUCCUCUGAAUGGGCCCCAAGUCCGCAGACAAGAACCCCCCAAGACCUCAAACCUUUCGGACGAAUGUUGUCCCUUGAAAAGCUUGACCAGCCAGCCAUGCGGGAUCCAGGAUUGUUGCCCAAUUGAAGCGUUUUUCAGAUGCAGCAGGCAGGCAGGCACGCACGUGAGGUCAGCGCGCUUUACCAUCGUUCUCGGGUCUCGUUGACGGAGAUUCACGAGCGAUGGGCAGAAUAACAUCGUCUCACGACAAUUAGCUCAGAUUCCAAACCUAUGGAAGCAAUAAAAGUAGCUCCAAUGGCGAGCAGGCAACGAAUCUUUUCGGAUUCUUGCCCUGGUCCGAACACAAAACGAAUGGAAUUCAUCGACAUCUUGAGGCACGGGUCGUCGGGAAGCGUCCAGUGCCCAAUGGAAAUAGCAGCGAGAAGAGCGUUUUAGUUCGAGUUGCGGUCGAAGCUACACGUACAGCUGUCUUGAUCGAUGGCGAAAGUUUUGAGUACGUCGGCAUUUGUUUCAAUUUUAGGUCGAAGCAAAGAACCGCUUGCUCCAGCGAGAAAUACUUGCUAUCCUGGUCUUGGUACUGCUGGAAUCGCGAAGCUUGAGGCUGGAAGAUGGUCGAAAUGUGGGGUGAGUUGCAGUCGAACAGUCAGAACGAGAGUUGCGUCGAAAGACGAUUCAUCGCCGAGCUCCGCUUCCACACAGCUCGUGGAGCUUCCACGACAAGCGGUUGACAUCGUCCAGGACUUUUAUGAGCUCGUCAAUCAGCGAGAUUACGUGAGUGUCAGCAGCCUCUUUGCUGAAGACUGCUUUUAUGAAGAUUUCACAUUUCCAGAGCCUAUAAAGGGCAGAGAGGAAAUCUUGAAGUUUUUCGAGAAGGUAAUGACAUCUAUGGGACCUGAAUUGAAGUUUGCAAUCGACGACAUCACCAGAAAUGAUCCGGAUGCAGUGGGAGUCAUCUGGCAUCUAGAGCUUAAGGGAAAACAAUUUCCGUUUAGCAGAGGAUGCAGCUUCUAUCGCUGUGAAGUCAACAGCAGCGGCCAACGACAAAUUAAGUUUGCAAGGGAUAUCGUCGAGCCAGCAACCAAGCCUGGUGACCUCGCGAUGGGUGCAAUCAAGUUGGUGACUGGUCUCUUUGAAAGGUUUCCGAGCCUGUUGGAUCGAAUCUAGUAGAUACUUUGAAGAGAACUAUCAUACUGUUCUGCAACAGUGAUGAAAACACGAUCACUUCUUGUAAAGUAGGAUCUCGAAUGUAAAUUAAGGAUUAUUUUUCUGUAAAUUCUGUGAUCAUGUAGAUGAUUAUCUGUGCCAAAAUGUGUUCCCUAUCGUACUUCAAACCAAAGGCGAAUGAAAUAAUUUUGCG